UCUAUCCACUGUGCCACCUAACUGCCCCAACGUUUAAUUUUUAAAAGAUACAAGUUUUCCAGAGAACAGCACAUUAACAUUUUAUAGCUACCUCUGGUAUCCAUCCCUUUUUUAUCUAGUCAAGGAAACUAAUUUAUUCCAGGUGGUAAUUUUUUUUUUUUUUUUUUGGUCUAGAAUUCACAAUAGAUAUACAAAUAAUUUUUAAAAUUUUCAUCAGUUUAAGGAAUUCCUUGUGAGUCAGUCAGUAGCAUUUACUAUUAAUUUAUAAAGUUCUCACCAUGUGCCCCUGUACACAAAAGACAGUUGCCUUAAUGGAGUUCACAUUCUAAUGAGGGUGACAACUGUUUACAGAUGUGAUGGAUAUACAGGAUAAAUUGAAGAUAAUCUCUUGUGGAAAAUUCUAACAACUGAGAGGCUAGAGAAGAAGGAUUGGAGAAAGUGGGAUUUGAGCUGAGUUUAGAAGAUGCCUGGAGAUUGAGCAUUGCAGGUAUAGAGUAGAGACAAACAGGGCAAGUAAUUCAGGAAAUGGAAUGUUAAGUAAGGAGCAGUAAGAAGGGCAUUAUUGGUGGAUAGCAAUGACUAGUCACUGGACUUGUGGCCUUUUAAGAGACAGAAGGUGUUGCUGUUGAACCCAAACAUCAAAAUGAGGAUUAUUUACUACCAUCUGUAUCACUCUGGGGAAGGCAUUCCUGUCUACACAGAUCAUCAUGACAACUCAACUUUAACUUGUAGUCUUAGAAAAUUGUGUGACAUGCAGCGUUCAGAAUUUGAACCCUAUAUCCAUUACCAAUGGGUGUUUUUCAUCAUACUUGAGAUGAGCAUAGUAAUUACAUGCUCUGAAUCUUUUUUGAGAAUUAUUGAAUAAUGUCUCCUAGAAUUUUUCCCUGGUCCAGAGCCUGCCUUAAAUGAAAUUAUAUAUAGGCCAUACUCUAGAAUGAUUGGUCUCCAGUAAAGGUAAUUUUGUUCAGUAUUGUAGGUGCUUGGAAAGAUUUCCUUAUGAAGGAAUAGAGCUCAGAGGAGAUUAGUUGAAGAGUGUUAAUUCAUUCACAGCAGAACUGAAAUACUAUUUGACUAUCUAAGAUAUGAAAAUCAGAGCUUAAACCUAAGCCUUUAGAGUGUAUUUUCUAGAGUGAAGCUUUAAAAAUUAUCUCCAGUUUUUCAAUUGAUUUUUUUUUUUUUCUUUAGAAUUUGUUUUCUGGUGAUAUGGAUGGCUAUACCACUCCUAAAGCACUGGCUCUUGAGACUCCAAAUUAUAUUUGGCUACAUGUUCCUCAUAAGUAGUUAGAGAAGAAAACUUGGAGAGCUAGAUGUAAUUGUCAGUCAGAUAUUAAGACCAAAAGCCUAAUUUUCGACCAGAAUGAGUGUUUAGUCAUGUAAAAUUAUUGAAGCAAUCCAAAUUCAUGCCAGAUAUCAUUUCAAACCAAAGUAGAUAAGGAAUAUAGUCAGACAAAAAGAUCUUAGCUCUUUGCUCCAGUUUCAGUUGGUGUUAGUGUUUUAAAUUGGCUGAUACUUUUUCUUUCUUCUCCUGUUCCAUCCCCAAUUUUAUGUUUUCAAGCAGGAGGAGCUGUACAUGUUACCAAGAAAUAGUACAGAAAUCCUAAGUCCUGGUGUAACUAUUGUCAGAACUGGUUGGUGAUGACCACUUUCUCCCCCAACCCCACCCUGAAGUAGUGGGAGGGGAGAAGUCCAACUGUUAACUUUAACCCAUCCUGUCUGCCUGCUAGAAGGCCUGUUUCCCACCCUAAUGGUUUCUGCCUAACAAAUGGUGUUUCUUUCUUACAGCAUUAUGAUCCUGGACUUGUUGUGGUGAUGGUAAACUUAGCAGUGGGAGAACAGAUCCCAUUCCUAUCGUUGUCAAGUAUGAUGUCAUGGGUAUGGGUCGAAUGGAAAUGGAGCUUGAUUAUGCUGAAGAUGCUACCGAACGGAGGCGUGUCCUAGAAGUAGAAAAAGAAGAUACAGAAGAGUUGAGGCAAAAGUACAAGGAUUAUGUUGAUAAAGAGAAGGCUAUUGCCAAAGCCCUAGAAGACCUCCGAGCUAACUUUUACUGUGAACUCUGUGACAAGCAAUAUCAAAAACACCAGGAGUUCGACAACCAUAUCAACUCCUAUGAUCAUGCACACAAACAGAGAUUGAAAGAUCUCAAGCAGAGAGAGUUUGCUCGUAAUGUCUCCUCAAGAUCAAGGAAAGAUGAGAAGAAGCAAGAGAAAGCUCUGCGACGACUGCAUGAAUUGGCAGAGCAGAGAAAGCAAGCCGAAUGUGCCCUUGGAAGUGGCCCUAUGUUCAGACCAACCACAGUGGCUGUCGAUGAAGAAGGAGAAGAUGACAAGGAUGAAUCAGCUGCCAGUAGUGGCAUAGGAGCUUCUGCUGCUUCUGGCCUGAGCACUGAAUUCACCACGGACAAAGGUGGCCCAUUCACUUCAGUACAACCUAGUGGCACUGCUGGUCUGGGACAAGCUCCUGUUUUGGCGCCUCAGGCCAUCAGCUUUGGCAUCAAGAAUAAUUUGGGCACGCCCUUGCAGAAAUUAGGGGUCUCAUUUUCUUUUGCCAAAAAAGCCCCUGUCAAACUCGAAUCAAUAGCAUCUGUUUUCAAGGAUCAUGCUGAGGAAGGUAGCUCUGAAGAUGGCACAAAAGCAGAUGAGAAAGGCUCUGACCCAGGAGCGUUGCAGAAAGUGGGAGACUCUGAUGGCAGCAGUAACCCUGAAGGAAAAAGGGAAGAUGAAGAUGCACAUGAAAAAGAUGGUGGGUCACUUGCCUCUACACUAUCCAAACUUAAAAAAAUGAAACGAGAAGAUGGUUCUGGAGCUGCAGAGCCUGAAUAUUACCACUACAUCCCUCCAGCUCAUUGCAAAGUGAAGCCCAACUUUCCUUUCCUUCUCUUCAUGCGAGCCAGUGAACAAAUGGAAACAGAUCAGAACGCACACCCAAAGAGUACCCCUGAAAGCAAAAAAAACAGUUCUCCCAAGCUUAAGAGCUGCAACAAGCUAGCAUUGGGCCAAGGAGCAGAAAAGAUGAUGAUGGAAAACCCUGUGCAACAGAAAGAGCCAAAUGUGACUGAGUCUACGGAGCUUAGAAGCAAGGCUGAAGCAAAAGAGGGCCAAAUAGAUGCCGGUGACCAUAGUGGAGAAAGCCUGCAGCUUGUAGAAAAUCAAAUCCUUGAAUCUAUCCCUUUUAAAGAAGCUGCCCAGACUACCCCAGCAAGGAAAGAGGGCCCAGAGGGCCCUAAACACCCCACUGGCCCUUUCUUUCCAGUUUUGAGCAAAGAUGAAAGCACUGCCCUCCAGUGGCCAUCAGAACUGCUCAUUUUCACCAAGACAGCACCCUCCAUUUCAUACAGCUGUAACCCUCUGUACUUUGAUUUUAAGUUGUCGAGAAAUAAAGAUGCCAGAACAAAAGGAAUAGAAAAACCAAAGGAUCUGGGAGGCCCCUCGAAGGAACAUUUUCAGUGUUCUGAUCCUGCAGAUGCAAAUAAGAACAAGGAUGGAGGGAAUACAGGUCAUACUUCAGGGGAGAAAACAGAUGCUGUGCCCUCAGGGUCAGCGUGUAGUAGCCUUCAUAGGCAGGAACCUGGGGAGAGCCGUGGGGAAGAUGUGGAGGACAAAGGUAAGAGCCUCCCCAGCAGGAAAGAGCGAGCUGCCAAGUCUCGCCGACAGAAGAAGAAGAAAAAGCACAAAAAGUCCAGCAAACAUAAGCGAAAACACAAAGAUGAUCCAGAAGACAAAGGCUCUAAAACUGAGUCUGGGGAGAAGUCCAAAAAGCGCAAGAAGCGAAAACGGAAGAAAAAUAAAUCAUCAGCCCCUGCAGACUCAGAAAGGGGACCUAAACCUGAGCCCCCAGGAAGUGGCAGCCCUGCUCCCCCCAGGAGACGGCGGCGGACACAGGAAGAUUCCCAGAGGAGAGCACUUCCAGCUGAUGAGGGAAAUAGUGGCAAGAAGGAGGAGGGGGGCAGCGGCAGCAGUAGUGCCCAGGAUCAUGGUGGCAAAAAACACCGAGCCGACCCACCUCCAUCUGCCUGCCAGCGAAGAGGGGGCACUAAGCGAAGAAGCAGCCAGCCCAGCAGUGGAGAUGAGGAGAGUGAUGCAGCUUCAUCACGCCGGCAGCACCAGAAAUCCCCAUCCCAGGACAGUGAGGAUGAUGAUGAAGACUCUGGCAGUGAGCACUCCCGCAGCUGUUCCCGGUCUGGCCGGCGUCAUUCUUCCCGCCGCUCAUCCCGGCGGUCCUAUUCGAGCAGCUCAGAUGCUUCGACAGACCAGAGCUGCUACAGCCGGCAACGUAGUUACUCAGAUGAUAGCUACAGUGACUAUAGCGACCGGUCACGAAGGCAUUCAAAGCGUUCUCAUGACUCAGAGGAUGACUCAGACUAUGCCAGUUCAAAACAUCGAUCCAAGCGACACAAAUACUCAUCCUCAGAAGAUGACUACAGUCUCAGUUGUAGCCAGUCACGUAGUCGGUCACGGAGCCACACCAGAGAGCGAUCGAGGUCAAGGAGCAGGGGUCGUAGCCGAAGUCGAAGCAGCAGUUGUAGUCGCAGCCGAAGCAAGCGGAGAAGCCGAAGCACUACAGCCCAUAGCUGGCAGAGGAGCCGGAGCUAUAGCCGGGACCGUAGCCGCAGCACCCGCAGCCCAUCCCAGAGGUCCGAUUCCAGAAAAGGUUCCAGAGGACAUGAGAGCCCUGAGGAGAGACGAUCAGGUCGCAGGGAUUUCAUCCGUUCUAAAAUCUAUCGAUCCCAGUCCCCACACUAUUACAGGUCAGGUCGAGCCGAGGGACCUGGAAAGAAAGAUGGCAGAGGGGAUGACAGUAAAGGCUCUGACCCACCUUCACAAAAUAGCACUGGCCCAGCAAGGGUAUCUGAUGGCGAUUGCAGCCCAGAGGAUAAGAAUUCAGUUACUGCUAAGCUAUUAUUAGAGAAGAUUCAAUCAAGGAAGAUUGAAAGAAAACCAAGUGUAAGUGAAGAAGUUAUCCCAAACAAGGUAGGGCUCAAAUUGAAGGAUCCUCCACAGGGUUACUUUGGGCCUAAGCUGCCACCUUCCCUUGGCAAUAAGUCAGUUCUCCCAUUGAUAGGGAAGCUCCCAGCCACUCGCAAACCAAACACCAAAAAAUGUGAAGAGUCUGGCCUGGAGCGGGGUGAUGAGCAAGAACAGUCAGAGACAGAGGAGGGUCCCCUGGGCAUCAUUGAGGCCUCAUUUGGACACCAAUGCUCUUCGGAGGACACAGCAAGGCCCACAUCAGACCCACUUCCUGAAGAGCCAAAUCCUGAAGAAAGCGCUCCUGAACACUCCACAGCUUCUUUGAACACCCCAGCACUCCCUAACUGCUAUCCUGGGGAUCCUGUCAUGCCCCACAACUACCUCCCUGAGCCCAAUGAUGGAGAAACCCUGGAGCACUUGGAUGGAGCCAGUCAGUCCAUGCCCAGUGAAUCCAGUGCUCUCCCUUUAGUCCCAGACAUGGAGCACUUCCCCAGCUAUGCACCUCCGAGUGGGGAACACAGUGUUGAGUCCCCUGAUGGGGCUGAUGAUGCCUCACUGGCUCCCCUAGAGAGUCAGCCCAUCACUUUCACCCCAGAAGAGAUGGAAAAGUAUAGCAAGCUCCAACAGGCAGCUCAGCAGCAUAUCCAACAGCAGCUUCUGGCCAAGCAAGUGAAGGCUUUCCCAGCUUCAGCAGCUCUGGCCCCUGCAACACCUGCUCUCCAGCCCAUCCACAUUCAGCAGCCUGCUACAGCCUCAGCCACUUCCAUCACCACGGUGCAGCAUGCCAUCCUUCAACAUCAUGCUGCUGCUGCCGCUGCUGCCAUUGGCAUCCACCCUCAUCCCCAUCCCCAACCCCUUGCCCAGGUGCACCACAUUCCCCAGCCCCACCUGACUCCCAUCUCCUUAUCUCACCUCACUCACUCAAUUAUUCCUGGCCACCCUGCUACCUUUCUUGCCAGCCAUCCCAUCCACAUCAUUCCUGCUUCUGCCAUUCAUCCAGGGCCUUUUACCUUUCACCCAGUCCCCCAUGCAGCUCUCUAUCCCACACUUCUAGCCCCACGCCCUGCUGCAGCAGCUGCCACUGCUCUCCACCUCCACCCACUACUGCACCCCAUUUUCUCAGGUCAGGACCUGCAGCAUCCACCUAGCCAUGGUACAUGAGUGGAUGCAGAGGGGGAGGGAUAAGUGGGGAGAGAAAGAGUGACAACACCUGAACUUCUUACUAAGAAGGGGGCUGAGCCAUUGGAACCAGUAAGUGGAAGUUGGGGUGAGGAAAUUUUUUUUUUUUUUUUUUUUUUUUGGAUAGCCAAAGAAAUGACUCUUGGCUUGCAGGAAUGGUUUGGGAUAUGAAGUUUGCAUUGGGCUGAUAAUCAGGGAAUUUUUUCUUUCUUUCUCAUUUCCCACCAUCCCUCUUCCUCCUCCUUCCCCUAUCCUCUUGUAUUUUCAACACAGAGAACAUCUCCACAUAUUGUCCCACUUCCUUUGCAGCAGCAUCUCCCCACUGAAACUUUGUCAACCCCACUUCACAUCUCCAUUCCCUUCCUGAUCUUCGCCCCUCUGCCCUAUCUUGUAAAUUUACAACUAGCAUUUCCUUCUUUCUAUCCAAUGGGUUGUCACUCGAGCACUUGUUAUAAAUCCAGCUGCUCCAUUCCCUGUCAGCAGUGCUGUGGGCAAGCUGAAUUUUCCCUAGUAGGCAGUGGUAGCAUUUUAUUGAAAAGCAUUGCUGCCUUGGGUUGGGUUCCUUGGUAAUUGAUCCCAUGGUGACCUGACAUUGUCCCAGUUGUGAGGUGGAAAAGAGGUGGACCUGGACACCAAACUUUAGUUAGAUCCACUCCUCACCUAAACAGAGAAAAUCAUUCCUCACUGUCCCUCACUCUAAAAGAGGCAUCUACAUAGUCCAGAAAAGAAGAUUCUGUGAUGAAUUGGGUGUUGUGGAACAUGGAUAUCCCCAUAUGCUUCCCCAGAGAGGAGCUUGAGUGUCUAAAGCGUAUUCUUUUUUUCUGUCAUGUUGUUGUUUCCUUCUUAAUUUAUAGGAUUUUUUUUUUUAAUGUAAAGAAUUGCACUGAACUCUGUAAACGUAAAUGCUGCUUUUUGUAGCUCAUGGAAAAAAAAGAAAAAAGGUUCCAUAUUUGUAGUAUACUGCAAUAAUAUUUUUUACAGCCAACUCUAAGUGAUCCUUGUUCUGGUGGCUUUGUGUAAAUAUGUUUGCUGUAGUUUAAGACACUUUUAAAAAUUGCAAAAUGAGAACAAAAUAAAAUAAAAACAAAUUUGUUUUCUGCUAGAUGCAAAAUGACUAAGCAUGUAUAUUUUAUCAAGCUCAUGUAUUUUUGAAGUUAUGUACUAUAAAAUGUAAAAAAAAAAAAAGCAAAAGGGAAAAAUCAUUUAAUGUUUUGUUUUUGGUUUUUUGCUGAGAAAUGUUGAGUAAUUAUAGUAAAAUAUGCACUCAACACUGGGACUCCUAAGAGCUAAUGGAUGGCAGCCAUGGGAGGUGGUGUAGGGGACAUUCAUCUGUGGGGAUACUACAUGAUAUGCUUAAGUUGUCAUGUUCCAGAGGGGCAGGCCCUUAAGGCACCAGAUGUAGGGAAGUUGAAAAGCUAGUAAUUUUAUUAUCUGGGUGAGAUAAUCCAGAGUAAUUAUUUCAUUCAGCUUCUGUCACUCAUUAUUAAUCUAUUGUUCCAUUUCUACUCCCAAAACAUUUCUUAGUACUUCAGACUUUCUGACCUUUCUAUUUUUAAUAGUGCCUUUUGGGUUCUAAACUGAUAUAGAAAGAUUAGAGAAGGAAGAUAGGCAAGGGCCAGUUUUUCUUCUCUUUUUGAGAGGCUUGCAUAUUUAUUUUCACCCGAUUGACUAAAGGAGUUACUAGUCCUACUCACAUAGUGAGAUCCUUUUUCUUUUAAAGAUACUGACCAGAAAACUUUUUAACCUCUGCACCCCUUCCUCAUCCCUUACUUAGGCUUUUGUCUUAACAUGAUACACUAUCCAGAGUUGGUGCUGAGGCUUUAGCUCAUCUCUUAACUUUUAAUAAUGUUGGUAGCUCUUUCCCAACCCAACCAACCUUCAUGACUAGACUUGGUUGUGUGAACCAAUCAGGAUGGUCACCUAAAAGGGUGAGAAAUUAGUAGUCUGGGGCUCUUAGGAGUGCCUCUUUUUUUCUAUCCUCUUCACUACUACUCUUCUCCUACUCCUUACUCACCACUCUCCUCAUUCUUCUUCCCUCCUCAGAAAAAGACAAAAGCAUUUUGAAUGCAAGGAACAAGUUGUAAGCAAACUCAAAGCUUGGAGCCUUUACCCUCAUCUGUGCUCCUCAAUAAAUAACAAACAUUGCACUGGAAAAAUGAAAUCAUUUGUUUUAAGUGAAGGGACUUAUUUUUUCUUUAUUUUAAAGUUGAUGUAAAUAUUUAAAUGGUAUAAAUGAUACAGUAUUAACAUUUUGAUGCUGCUCGCCAUUAGCUUGUAGAUGGAGCCCAUGGAUUCUAGCAGCCUUGCUGCUUUUGUGGGGGCAAUUUUUUUAAAACUCCCAGAAUAGUAAUUUAAAGGGGGGGGGGGGGGAAGCUAUUCUACUUACAAGCAUAACAGAUUGUAUUUAACUUUAUCACAUAAGCUAGAUAUAUAUAUAGAUAGAUAGAUAGAUAUAGAUAUAUAUAUAUAGAUAGAUAGAUAGAUAGGUAUAGGUAUAUAUAUAUAUAUAUAUAUGCUGUAAAAUGAGGGGAGAGAAAACUUUCUAAUAAACCAGUGAUUCAUGGAAACAGCAUAUUCUGUCAUGAUUCAGCCCUUUUCACUUAGGAUGGGCAAAAUGGGUUUCUGGGUUAGGUAUGGCAUCUUUGUGCUUAAGGCUGUCAAAGUGUAGAAUCAGUUGAAAACAUUUUGGUUGAAUUUGAAUCAUAUCUGUUGAACCUGCUCAGAACCUUGAUAGAGAAGGAUGGGAACAACCUUCAUAGAGAAGGAUGCGGACAACUGAAGCACCUUUUCCUUAGUGGUCAUGAGUGCAGAGAGCACUGUACCCCUUUUGGUGGGUAACUCAAAAAAGUGAUUUCCUGUUGAUUUAAAAAUUUGGUCACAGAAUAGUAAUUUUUUUUUUUAAAGUUCCAUAAUACUUGUCCUUUACAAUGAAUUCCAGGCAUCAAUUUUUCUUUUGAAAUUUUCUUCUGAAGCAUUCCAUAGAAGCAGAGCUAUUGAUGAGCAGAAAUACAUGUUCUUUACAAUGAAUUCUCUAUUCCAGGCAUCAAUUUCUCUUUAGAAAUGUUCUUCUGAAGCAUUCCAAAGAAGCAGAGCUAUUGAUGAUCAGAAAUACAUCAGUGAGAAUGUGCCCUAAUUGAUGCUAAGCAGAUAAAAGACCAAUGAUAAAUCUGAUUUUUAUGUUAUCUCUUGUUUAUGUGGCUUCUCCUCCUGGUUUUUCCACCUGAUAGAGCAGUUUCCUCUUUUCCCUCGUUUUAUGUUGGAUUAUUUGGCAAGAGAACAAAAAGUAUUUAUUUUUGUUUUUUACUUGCACAUCGGUUCUACAUUUAACCAGAAGGGAACUUCCCAAUUGCAUAAUUGAGAAGGCUGUAUGGAAUUUGGCAUUAGUGUGCCUAGUUGAUAAGCUUUGAGUAACAGAGAUCUGCUAUAUGUGUAUUGUGGUCAAGGGGGUGGGGGAGAGGGAAGGAUGGUAGAGGAAUAGAUAAGAGUAUGAAUUGCUGAGGUACCACUAGCUCUGCUUCUAUUAAGAAGUAAGCUUGCUGAGUUAACCUUUGUGGCCCCCUAUAUUCAAAAUGGCAUACUGAGUGGUAAAGUGAUAAUCAAUCUAAUUCUUGGGAUAUCACAA